GGCCGACCCAUCCUACGGACAGAAGAGCAGACAGCUGGCGAUGUGGUACUCAAGGAUAUCAUGUGUGGAGAUGAGGCGGCGGCGGCACGGUCGAUGCUACAGAUAACAUAUCCGAUGGAGAAUGGAAUCGUAAAACGAUGGGACGACAUGCAGCACCUGUGGGACUUCACAUUCGCGGAGAAGUUAAAGAUCGAUCCGACAGGACGUAAGAUUCUCCUCACAGAGCCACCGAUGAACCCACUGCGCAACCGAGAACAGAUGGCCGAGGUCAUGUUCGAGCGAUACAACUUUGGCGGCGUCUACGUAGCGAUCCAGGCGGUUCUCGCUCUUUACGCGCAAGGUCUCUCUUCCGGAGUGGUGGUCGAUUCUGGAGAUGGUGUCACACAUAUUGUGCCCGUCUACGAAAGCACGGUCUUGAAUCACCUCACGCGACGAUUGGAUGUGGCAGGUCGAGACGUCACACGAAACCUCAUCUCGCUAUUGCUUCGACGUGGAUACGCGCUGAACCGGACUGCGGACUUUGAGACUGUGCGUGCGAUCAAGGAGAAGCUAUGCUACGUCUCAUACGACCUCGCGCUGGACCAAAGGCUCAGCGAAGACACCACCGUACUUGUGGAAUCCUACACAUUGCCCGAUGGUCGUGUCAUCCGUGUCGGUAGCGAACGUUUCGAGGCGCCAGAAUGCUUGUUCCAACCACAUCUCGUAGACGUCGAGCAACCGGGUAUCGCCGAAUUUCUGUUCAACACAAUUCAAGCUGCAGACGUCGACAUUCGAUCUUCGCUAUACAAGGCUAUCGUACUUUCCGGUGGCAGCAGCAUGUAUCCCGGACUUCCUUCACGCAUGGAAAAAGAGCUGAAGCAGCUGUGGUUGACCAAGGUGCUCCAAGGCAACCCGGAGCGUUUGAGCAAAUUCAAAGUCCGCAUUGAGGACCCGCCUCGUCGUCGUCACAUGGUGUUCCUGGGUGGUGCUGUCUUGGCAAACAUUAUGGCAGAUAAAGAGAACAUGUGGGUCUCGAAGCAAGAAUGGGAGGAACAGGGCGUACGGGCGUUAGAGAAGUUGGGCAACCGCGGUUGAGAGAGCUGAUUGCUUGUUGAUCGCUUUGUCAUCUCGGUCACGGAAAAGCGCGCAAAGCCAAUGAUGACGAUUUACAAAGAGCAGGGAGCAUGGCCGAAAAUAUUAGUUAAUGCUUGUGUAUCCAGUCGGUGCGCUGACAGACCCACAAGCGACCACGGAAGCAAUCCAUGUUGCAGACAUUGGUGCGGAAUCCGGCGAUGAAAAAGUCCUGUCCGCCGACAUGACACCUCGUCAUUUUUGACCAUUGUAGCAAGCUCAUACCAUCGUGCUCAAUCUACCACAUAGACCGGUCAUGAUAACGAAACUACAAAUGAAUGAGACACAGUCGGCUUUGAAAGUGAACGAUUGUCUUGUCGGCGCAUGAGGAAAGUACAUGCUGUAAACUUACGGCUUCAUCACACAAUUAAAGCGAACCAGUUAAUAAAUAUUGAUGUUAUGCUUGAGAUUGCAAUCGGAAAAC